CGCCUGCGCUGGGUCCCCGUCCUUCCUAUAUAACAGCUGAUCUUCGGAGACUCAGCAGCCAAGCACCAUGGCAGCCCCUCGCCCUCAGCACCUGUUGUGUCUGAGCCUCAGCGCCCUCGUCGUCGCCGUCUUCGCCUCGCCGACCUUCGCCUCCGCCAGGUUCUCCCCGCGGCCGCCCUUCCUGUACCACGAGCGGGAGAAGGAGGAGCAGCCGAAGCCCCGAGCGGAGUCCCCGAAGCGCUCUCGAGACGACUUCGCCUCCGACCUCGUGCAGUUCUUCUCGGAGGAGCAGGUCCAGGAGGCCACCAAGAUCCAGUACAAGUCCGUCCCCGAGCCGGUCAUCUACACGUCGCAGGUCCUCCAGCAGGGCGUCAGCUGCUCGACGCUGCACUCGGAGAUGCACGAGAACUACAUCAAGCCCGAGCUCAGACUCCGGCCCGAGUGGAUCUACGAGUCCAAGCUCAUCGGCGACUGCCCCACGCACUACGUCACCCGCGAGCUGCCGUCCAUCUACUCGCCCUCGACGGUGCUGGAGGCCGUCUGCGCCUGCGGGGGCUCCCAGUGCUCCGAGGACGGCCACCAGUGCGUGCCCGUGUCGCGCCACGUCCCCGUGUGGGUGCGUCGCGGGCCCAACCUCCACGUGCUCGACGUCGAGGAGCUGACGGUGGCGUGUGCCUGCGCCCGGAGGCCCAGCGCCGGCGGGAACUUCAUCUUCAGCGCGGCGGUCGAGAGCUAAGGUCGAAGGACGCGCCGUCGACCGAGCCCUGGCUGCCGCUCGAUAUAAAACGAAAUCCACGGGUCUGUGAACGGGUUUAGGGGAGGAAUGUGCUUCGAGAUGAAUUCAGUUCUCGGUAUUUUUCCUUUGGAUAGAAUUCUGAACAGAACCUCGUUAAGUUAUUUGUGCCAAACUGUUAGAUGAUUAGUAAUAUUACAUUUCAUAUGAAUAAUAACUUUAUAUUUAUUCAGAGGUCUUAUGGCUUCUUUGAUAUUGUAUCUAACUCAUCAGAUUCACCCACAAGCUUGUAAGCAAUUAUCUAUGGACAGAUUUAGAGAAAAAAUAAUUUCCUAAAGCAUGUUUUACAUUUAUAUUAAUUUACUAGUCUAUUUUUUCGAAACUGGGAAAAUGUAUUUAAAAACAGAGGAAUGUAUUAAACACUGUUGUAGAUUUUGCUGAAACAGAAUACAUUAUAUCACAAUUAAUAUCUUAGUUAAAGGUAGACUUUGAGUUGUGUAAUAGCUCAAUAAAACGU